GCACUCCCAAACGGAAACGUGUGUAUCAAUUCUCAUGGUCCUAGAAGUAGUUCUAGUAGUUCUACUUCUAGUUCUAGUGGAGACAACACUGCAGUCGUGGAUUGCUCGCAGGUACGUUUCCAAGACCUGGAUCUCGAACCCGGCAAGAUCAUGGGCGAGUUAUUCCUAGAUAACGUUGUACGUGAUACCUGGAGUCUCAGCGGCGUCGUAGUGGAAUCGGCUUACUACAGGAGCAGUGCGAGCAGUAGUGCGACUUCGGCGCCAGAAGAUGGCAAUGGCACGCUUGAUGUUCCUUUCGAGCUAUUGAUACAGCCAUCUUCACCAGAAGAUUUGGAUACUAGUGCUCUCAAGAAGAACACUAUCCCCUCAUACCUGAGCCGUGUCGGACUCCGCAUCGCGCCACUUGUGUCACUUGUUUCAACCAGCACCACGUCUGAACUUCCCUCAGCAACAUCCAAUAAUCCAAUGUCCUCCAACAGUCUUCUUGCGUUGGAUUUGAAGAUCCUAUUCGCAGGCGGAGGUAGCGAGUUUUGUCGCCGUGUCCCGGUCAUUGACCGCGCACAGCUGGGUCCAGGUGUGAGCGCAGAACUGGUGCCCUUUAGUGACAGCGACAAUCGCGCUCACAUGAUUGGAGGGGACCUCACACUUGCUGUGACAGCAGAUCCGAAGUUAAGGGUUUUACCAAUUUUUCACCUCCUCUGCUUCCAGCAUUUUCAUGUUCCCAAGCAUAUUCAUUUGGCUUCUUUGCAAUAUGAUCCUUUCUAGGUGGUCGAGUAAGAAGCUCUAACAAAAGGCGCGCCUGUGCAUGGUGUCCACAUCUAUUUUCGGCGCAUGGGCGAGAUCGUAAAAUUACCGCCUGUAGCACCAGCUGCGCUCGAGGAAAUGGACCAAGACAUCCGAGAACACGAAGCGAAGCAGAGGUCUUCUAGUGAGGAACCAUUUGCACAAGUAGGAGUGGGAAAAGAAAAACAAGAAGCAAAACAAGCGGAAGCAACAAAUAAAGCAGAGGCUGAUGCCAUAUCGGCGAUGCUUCGAAGCGAGGUCAAUUCCGGAGCUCUACCGGCAUUCCGCAUAGAGUUUGGACAAACAGAGGGAUCGACCCCGCCUAGCGCCAUAUCAUUCGCUGGCGGCGUUAUUCAGUUCAUGAAGACAGAGGAAGGACCAUUCGGUGUCGCGCAUGCGCGCACUACGUGGCGUCUGACAAACGUUGCAGUGCCUCCGGGUGCAACGCAGCUCGUCGCAGUGCCUUUCCACGGCGAUGUCGAAGGCCUCGCAGAACGCAGCAUCGCCCUCACGGACGCGCAAGCACCAAAACGCUUGGCGGCUGUAACGGUAUUAGAUCUACGUACACGCUAUAUCCACUCGCGAGGUUAGGUAGAUGCGCCACAUGUAUUCACAUCUUCAAGAGCGGGCUAAAGCAUGAGCCUGCCCGCCUUGUCUGGCGCGAGCACAUCAGACGGCGACCGGCCGGGGCGCGAUUGGUGGAAGGGCUGCCCGCCUUUCUUGUCUAUUCGGUUGCUUCUGCAGACGAUACGCGAAAGACCGCCGCCGGGGAACUCUCAGGCACUCUACUGGCGACCACUUCCCCCAAAUCCCAAAAGCGGAAACGUCGCGAGGCCCAUGCUUGGCGUGCGGCGGCGCCUGGCACGCAUUGACCAGCGGGAGAAAACGGACACAGCCGGCCCCUGGGAGUCGUCACGCCGGCACCUGGUUGCCCACAUAUCGCGCGACCGUGGCAGAGCGGUGCCUUUCUUGGUGCGCCUCGGCGUCGAUCGUAGACAUUGAAGCGCAGCCGCCGACGCUGGCGGCAGUGUGCCGGCCCCGGGCUCAGUCAUCUUAGACGAAAGGGCCCAAAACGGUCCCACAUUCAUGCCCAGAAUGCGCCGCUGUGCCUCUUCUAGGCGGAGCACUGACUGACUAGCAACCAUCGCGGCCACCCGUGCGCUUUGGAUAGAAGACGAGGGGCACAGCCGCGGCGCUGCCUCGGGUGUGCACUGCUUCGCCUUGGUGUUGGUGAGGUUGUUCGCAGAUAUCGCGCCGCAGCUCUACUGAAGCCGGGCGGCUGGGUGCCUCCUUCGUGGUGCCUUGGGUCCUUGCUCUGGAAUAUACAAGGAGCGGCCCGCGCCUGCUUCUGAAUUUCUUUCGCAGUUUAUGAGGGGCGUCAAUGGUUGAGACGUGAAAGCCCUUGUGUCAAAUUUGACAAACGAAGCACCCUCGUGCACAUCAGUCGCAUACUGUCGAAACCGUCCAACUGGAGCAAUUUUCUUGCAUCGGUUGACCUGAAGACAAGAAAGCGAGCGGCGUCGUGUCGCACAUUAAUGGGGUCGAGGUAUCGCCUCAAGCAGUGCGGGGAGCUCGCGGACGUAGUGAGAACACACAGGAAAGCUGGGCGCUUCGUGGGUCUCCGUGCGUGGCUGGUUUCGGGGGUGUGUGGUGGGUCUCUCUGUGUGCCGGUGGGGGUCGGCGUAUUGCGACGUAAGGGGGAGAGGUGGCGCGCCGUCUGCUUUUCUGUCUGUCUGCUGUCGUAUGGCUCUGCUUGGCUCCCCAAGAUUCGGCGCCGCCGUGGGAGUGGAAGGCAUUGGCUUUGUGUUUCAUUGUGCCCCCGCCUCUUGCUCUCGGUCUUACCUCUCCCCGAGCCCAAAUCGUGGCCGCUCGUCAGUAGCAGUAGAGUUCAUUAGACAGCUUGGGGGCAUGCGCGCUCGAUUCUUAAGGGCGUCCCCACAUAAUGUGUUUUGUGAUUUAUUACUCCCCCCAUGUGGAUCGGUGACGGCAGCGGGCGUCCGUUGCCAAUAAUUUCAUGAAUGGGCUCGUGGUUUAGUACUGACACAUGAAUACUCCACAGACGAGGACUUUGAGUAAUAGAAUUCUACCGAUAAUAUCAAUCUAUUGCUCGCCUGCCUUCGAAUGCCUCUCAAUUAGUAUCAAUAGUCUCUAUGCGUAACGGUAGCUCCUAUUUCUCAGGCUACCGAAGACGAGUACUUGAUGCCUGGGCUAGUCUCUAUUGGCCUCACGCCGACUUUCCGUGACAACACUGCAAACGGCGUCGCGGUGUAUGAAGGCGAGAACUGCGGUGCGCCCAGUAGCGGCGCCCCACGAUCCACACCAACGAAGAAGAGGAACUCUAAACCACUCCGAGCCGUCCGGCCAACAGCGGAAAGUGAAAAUAAAGAUCAGCAAUAUGUUGAUGAUAGUCCUCGGCCUAGCACAAGCACAACACCCACCACUUCCAGUAUAGCAAUGACUCGUCACCCUGACGAUGAGAAUGAAGACAUCGAGUACCUAACACGCUCAACUCACCGUGGGGCACUGCGGUACACCGGCGCGCCAGUGUCGUGUCUGUUGGUCUACGCAGUUAAUGACGUAGGCGAAUCAGCGGAACCUUUUGUCCUAGGACGCGGUGUUUCAGACAAAGUAAUGCCCCAACUGGAAGGCGAAAGCGAAGUGGACGAUCGCGAGUACGAAAGAUAUCUCGGACAUGUCUUAUGAAGGAAUGCAUAUCGUGAAAGUGAAAUAUGGGAAACUAUGUAUACAUAGUGAAGAGGAAGACAAAAAAACCAUAGGUAUAGCGUACUUACAUAUCGUGAAGUAGAGAGAGAGAACCUAGUGUGUUAAAACUUCGAACAAUUAAAGGUAUAAAUUACAUAGUUAUCACUUUGCUUUUGAGGUCAAUCGCUUAAAUGCGACUCUCGUUUCUUGACUGGUAUCUAUAUAAUUAAAACUUCUUCUUCUUUCUAACAAGGGAGGACAUAUACAGCGAGAAGAGCAGGCAUUACGCCAAUGCUUUCGGGCUCGACUACAUGCGGGAGCUCGUUUUGCGGCAAAGCCUAGGCCGAAUGCGUGUCCUAACCCGAGUGUGGAGCGAAGUUUGGACGAAAAUCGAAACAGAAGACAUGCCCCUGCCCCUAGGCAGCGGCAGAGCAGGAGAACUCUAACUAUCGACCCCAUUUUUUACUACUCGAAACAUACCUCGCUUUCUUGCUCAACCCGUUCUCCCAUUUACCACAUUUUCAUGUGUUCAAGUGCCAUAAUCCCUACAACGCACCCACCGAUGAAUAAAGGGCAUCCCCCACUUGAGCCCCUUCGAGUUUUUACAUAUUAACCACGGAUUCUUCGCGGUUUUACAUAUAUAUGAUAUUCUUGAUAUUUUGCAAGCACAAGCACAACACGCAUAUUAAUGGAGCAGAGGUAGCCUACUCGAGAAGUUCGCUCAGGCGUGGUAAGUCUGAACGUCCUGCCUUCGCUCAAAAAACCUACAAACAUGUUGGGGCCAUCCUCGCGAUCACUUCUAGAAGCCCUACUGCAGUUCCAAGAAAGCUAUAGCGAUUUCUAUAUCGUUUGAAGAGAUGGUGCUAUGUGAUGCACGACUAAAGCUAAACCUCUACUAGUCUCUGUUCCGACGUUGCUACGCUGUACCUGUACGCAGGAGCACUCAUGAUCACUUUCC